AUGGAAGCUGAAGAAGCCGAACGUGAAAGAUACGAAGAAGAGAAAAUCAGACGCGUAAAAGAGGAUAAGGCAAGGCAAGAAGCGGAGCAGGAACGAAAGCGUAGAGAGGAAGAACGUUUGAGAGAACAGGAGAGAGAACGCGUUCGACAGACUUUAGAAGAGGCACUGGAACGUGCGAAGAGAGAGGCUGAAAUUACUAGAAAAGCUCGAGUUUUCAAGCACGUUCUCGAAGGAUCACAGAAAAGCCCAGAGCUGGAAAGGCGGCUGUUAGGUGUCGACCCAGAGACUGGUGAUAGGAUACUACAUGAGGCUUGUAGACUAGAAAAGAUUAUUCAAUAUCUUCAGAUUUCUCAGCUUGAACGGCACAAAAAACUGGACCAGGAAUCGUUUUCGAAAGCAGCAAGAUUUGGAAGAGGUGAACACAGAGAAGAUUCCCCGAGUGGAGUGCGAUCUAAGAAAAGCCCAGAGCUGGAAAGGCGGCUGUUAGGUGUUGACCCAGAGACUGGUGAUAGGAUACUACAUGAGCUUGAACGGCACAAAAAGUUGGACCAGGAAUCGUUUUCGAAGGCAGCGAGGUUUGGUAGAGGUGAACACAGAGAAGAUUCCCCGAGUGGGGUGCGAUCUAAGAGCGUUCAACCAAAAUCGCGAAGUCAGUCAUUGUCUGAAUCGAUGAUGAAUGGUGAAAUGGAUAAAGAAACGCCAUAUGGCAAAAAGCAGACUGCUUCUAUUCGCCCAUUUAUGUCAGCUGACGAUCGCAACGUCAAUCCUAGUAACUCACAGCGAGGUGAGGAUUAA